UCCCCCAUGUGCCCUCAUAAAACAUGGCCGCACCAGCGUAGCGCAUGGCCCUGACAUCACUCGUGUCCCCGUGUCAGGAUUGGACGGCGCUGAUCACUCCCGCCAUUGAAUGAAAAGUGACCGUUGCCUGGGGAGAAAGAAGCACCGGGCCGACUCUUGUGUGUCAUAUUAACUGCUUGGCGGGAAGUCCCUGAUAGAAACAUGGCUACGUCCACUCCCAGCCGACAGGCGCCCCUUUUGUCGCAGUCCCCGGCUCGGGGCGCUCGCACCCCUCUCUCCCCAACUCGUAUCAGCCGCCUUCAGGAGAAGGAAGAACUGCAGCACCUCAAUGACCGCCUGGCGGUCUACAUAGACCGGGUCCGAUCUCUGGAGCUGGAGAAUGACCGGCUCAUGGUGAAGAUCUCCGAGAAGGAAGAGGUCACCACCCGGGAGGUCAGUGUAAUCAAAGACCUGUACGAGGCUGAGCUUGCUGAUGCUCGAAAAGUUUUGGAUGAAACCGCAAAACACAGAGCCAGGCUACAGAUAGAGCUGGGGAAGUAUCGGUCUGACUUUGAUGAGCUAACGAAAAAUUUUAAGAAAAAAGAUGCGGAGCUGGUUGGUGCACAACAUCGCAAUAAGGACCUGGAGGCAUUGCAUUUCCGGAGCGAGGCAGAGCUUACAACCACCCUAGAGGACAAGAGGAAGCUGGAGGCAGAAGUGGCUGAUUUGCGCGCUCAACUUGCUAAGGCUGAAGAUGGUCAUGCUGUUGCUAAGAAGCAGCUGGAAAAGGAAACUUUGAUGCGUGUUGAUAUGGAGAACCGGUGCCAGAGUCUGCAGGAAGAGCUUGAGUUCAGAAAAAACAUAUAUGAAGAGGAAUGCAAAGAAACCAGGAAACGCCACGAGCGCAGCUACGUGGAAGUUGACAGGGGUAGCAGAUAUGACUAUGAAUCCAAACUGGCACAAGCUCUAGAUGAGCUCAGGAAACAGCACGAUGAGCAAGUAACGCUCUACAAAGAAGAGUUGGAACAAACAUAUCAAGCCAAAUUGGACAAUAUUAAGCGUUCCUCUGACCAUACUGACCAAGCUGCUGAGGCUGCCCGUGAGGAGCUGAUGGAAGCACGAAUGAGGAUUGAGUCACUUGGCUACCAGCUCUCUGGUCUUCAGAAGCAGGUGAAUACGGCAGAGAAUCGUAUCCGUGAACUAGAGGAAUUGCUGUCCAGUGAUCGUGAUAAGUACCGGAAAAUGCUGGAUGGUAAAGAGAAAGAGAUAGCAGCAAUGAGGGACCAGAUACAGCAACAACUGACCGAAUACCAGGAACUGCUAGAUGUUAAAUAUGCUCUCGAUAUGGAGAUUAGUGCCUACCGCAAGCUUCUAGAGGGAGAGGAGGAGAGGUUGAAACUGUCGCCAAGUCCCCAAUCUCGUGUUACGGUGUCAAGGGCCACCUCAAGCAGCAGCUCCUCUACUGCCCGCCAGUCUCGUAGCAAGAGAAAACGUGUUGAAGUAGAAGAAAGUGUGGAAGGUGCCACAAUCAAGUCAUCAAGCAGUUGGGCCAGGCAUUCCUCCCGUGAGAUGAACACUGAUGCUGAAGAGGAGGGCACUGGUGAUAGAGAAAGCAGCAGCAAAUUCCAUGUAUCACAACAAUCCUCUGCAACCGGCAGUAUCUCUAUAGAGGAAUGUGGGAACGAGGGAAAUUUUAUUCAUCUGAAGAAUAGCUCCGACAAGGAUCAGUCUCUAGGUAGCUGGAGACUAAAAGUGAAAAUUGGGGACAAGGAAGAAAUUGUGUACAAGUUCACACCAAAGUAUGUACUUAAAGCAGAUCAGUCUGUUAAGAUCUAUAGUGCUGAUGCUGGAGUACCACAUAGCCCUCCUUCUGUGUUGAUUUGGAAAAACCAAAGUUCUUGGGGAACUGACAGUAACAUCAGGUUCUGUCUGGUGAACAAUGAAGAUGAGGAAGUGGCAGUGAGAAUUGUAUCAAGGUCGGUCCUCACCACUGUAGAGGAAGAUGAAGAAGAGGAGGAGGAGGAAGAAGAAGCUGACUUUGGGGAGGAAGAUCUUUUUCAUCAGCAGGGUGAUCCUCGACCAAAAUCAACAAGUUGUUCUGUGAUGUAAUUAUGCAGCAUUGUUCUUUAUUUUACUGCCAGUGCCACUGAAAUCUAUUUUUAUACCUAUGAAAAUGUUAUUUUCUUUUAAGGUAUCUCUUAGUUAUUUCAUGUAAACAGCAAUCUACUGCCAGUCAUGUUUCCAAAAGCUUUUUUUUUUUUUUCUCUGAUUUUAUAAACACUAUUUCCCAGGUCAGGGAAUACAAUUUUUUUUUUUUUUUUUUAUUAUUGUUUUUACUUUUAAUAUGGCAGAGAUACAGUUUUUAUAUUGUGUGGCUGCACGAAAGGGUGCUUUUAUUUUAUUGGUUACUUUAACAGUGCCGCUUAAAGAAUAGUUAGGUUAGUUUGAAGACUUUUUAAACCUGUUACUUAAAAGUAAUGUUUUAAGUAACAAAGGUUUUCAGGCAAUAGACAUAGCAUAAGUAUCCAUGGCUCUGAAGCUGUUCACCUCGGUUAUUUCAAUAACACAAAAUGACAUAGUAGGUGACUGGAAAAAAAACAAUGAAUAUUGCUGAGACAUGUUAGUUUUUAUUAUAUGAAACUGUUGUGGUAUAUUUGCUUCCAGAAAGCAAAAAUGUACAUGUUUGUUUUCCCAUAACCUGGAUGAGGGGAAGAAAGCUCAACUACAGAUUUUAUAAAAGCAGCUGUUGGUAAAUGUUUUGUAGUCCUCGAAAAUUGUUUAAAUGACCAUGAUCCACAUUUUUAUGCUGCCUGUGGGUUCUUGCCUAGCACGUAGGCAAAGCUUUUGACCAUUAAUAAAAUAAAUUCAGAGCUUGACCAUUAUUGGUGUGUAAAGGGUAAACAAACAAAUGUUUUUUUUUUUUUUUUUUAGCUUAUUUGUUUUAUUGUAUUAGGCUGAAUAAUCUGUCACUAUGUUGUGGACUGGCACUUUGUUUCUGCAUUGCAUAAUACUGUUUUCUUAGAUCAAGCUAAUGUAUUUGAAGUAGCAUAAAGCAUUGUUUGCAUUGAAGAGCAAAUUGCAUUUGAUGUGUUCUCUCAUGCCUUUUCUGAUCGUGGAAAACUGCCCUUCAAACCAGUCACUUGGGAUAAUGGUAUUGCAUAGGGUUUUGUAUAGCUCUGCGCCUUCUAAAUUAUUAAUGCCAUUUCAAACCAUUGUAAUGGUUAGUGUGUGUGUGUGUGUGUGUGUGUGUGUGUGUGUGUGUGUGUGUGUGUUUUUCGCUUGGGUAUUUUCCUUAGGAAAAAAAUAGAUUUGGUCAACACUCAAGCAUUAAAAUUUAACCUUUUGCUUUGCCCAUAUAGGGCAAAUGCAACAGGUCCACUUUAAUGUUGACUCCUCAAGCUGCUUAUAUUGGUCUUUCAUCAUUCACCUGCAGUAAGUAAGAAGUAGUCUUGUGUAAGUUGAGCCUUUAGUUGGCUAUGCAGGUUUUUUUUUUUUUUUCCUCAGCCAGUUUGUUUGGAGGUUGCUGGACCAGCCAAAUAUUGAUCAGUGUAUGGCCAUUUUUCAUAGGUAUACCCCCUAUUCAUGUAUGUUAAAAAUAAAAAAAACUGAGUGCCUAAGUGGCCAGUUGCCAAGCACCUAUUACACAUGAGGAAGUUAUGCAUGUCUUUCCCAUAUCUCAAAGUACAGGCUAUGUCCCUUAACUCCAACACAUGUGGUUUGAGAUACAGGGCAGUUAGGAAAAGGCAAGUAUAAGCAGCUGGAGGAAGAACAAUAAAUUUAACCUUUUUACAUAUACAAAGCACAAUUUUACCCUAAUCUGUUUUUCUGUGAAUUUCCAGUACUAUAAAUGGUACCACUAUAAAUGGUACCACUAUAAAUGGUAGCAUAGUACUUAGAAUGUCUUAUUCUUUAGUGCUGUUGUCAAGAUGUAUAUUAAACAUGUUGGUAUGCAGAGCCCAUUGCACUGUUAUACUUAAUGAUAUCUCCAUUAUUUCCAGUUUAAAGAGUUUUUAUUCAUAGCAAAACUGCUUGCUUUUAAUUGCAGAGUGGAGACAUGUGGCUUGCUUUUGGCAAUAGAGGGCUGAUUUGCACACUCAAUGAUAGGGGGUGACUUGUAUUGAGGGUUCUUAACUGACAUUGUGUGCAUGUUUGCAUGUUAACAUUCUCCCUCUAAUGACUUUGCUUUAACUAAGAUGGUGGCCCCAGAGCCUUGAUCCUUCCAGAACCUGCUUCUUAAAGUAUAAAGCUCUUUUGGAAACGUAAAAAAUAGGAAAUUUACACCUUCCAUGUUAGUUUGCUGAUCCGCUGACCUUCCUCCAUUACUGCCCUUUUCAACUGCCAGGGACAAAGAAAAAUACCCUGUAGUUGCCAGGUAUGGGCGCAUGGGUCUCUUUCUCAUGUCAGUGCUGAAUAGCCACCUUUGCACCUAUUGCUAUCAUAAAGGGAGGUCUAAGCCAUGACUUAAAGCUUACUUGGGUCUACCUCCUGGCUCCCAGAAACUAACUGGAGCAGCAAUAAUGUAAGGCAUGUGUACUUGCUGGGGUAGGUGGUUUUACCAUCGGCAAACCACAUGUUCAUGUUAAACUUCCUCAGGGGAGCUUUUUGUUACAAAAUCUCAAUUAUGCUAAAGUUCAUUUAUUAAUCAUGAACAUUUUUCAUAACUAAAUAAGCAGUUAUUUCUCUACCAAAUUCUGUUUAUAGUUGUUGCUUUAUAUACUGUCAAAUUACAUUUACAAAAACCUGCAAUAAAUGUUUGUUCAAUCAA